UCCAGUCAUUUUUAAAAGUACUUUUUGAGUGGAGAAGGAAAGUGAAGUAUCUCCCUCUAACUCACUGUGUGUGAAACACUUCCAUGGCAUUUUUUCUUCUUCUUCACCGUCUCCGCCCAUCGCCGUCGCAACUUCUUUAACUCCAUAGCAACACCACUUACUGCACCGCCGCAAUAACCACUGUUAACGGCGGAGACCCACUUGAUUUUUUUUUUAUAUUUACCGAUGGGUUGCGCGGCGUCGAAGCUAGAUAACGAAGAUACUGUCCGGCGGUGUAAAGACCGCCGGCGAUUGAUGAAAGAAGCUGUUUAUGCUCGUCAUCACUUAGCAGCAGCUCAUUCUGAUUACUGCCGUUCACUUCGUGUUACCGGUUCUGCUUUAUCUACCUUUGCCGCCGGUGAACCACUUUCUGUUUCUGAUCAUACUCCAGCUGUUCUCCUCCGUACGUCUUUUUCUACUACUGCUGCUACUACCAUCAAAACCCCUCCACCCCCACCCCCUAUUCGUAUCCCAUCUCCUUCUCCUUCUCUUCACCCACCACCACCCCCACCGCCGUUUUUUCCGUCGCCGUCACCGACGAUAGCUUCUUCAAAGCUUCCUCAUAUACUUUCUGCCUCCUCUGUUUCCUCUCAUCAGCGUCAGCCCCCGGUGCAGCAGAAAAAACCCCUGAAGCUUCCACACAUUCUUUCUGGGUCAAGUUUGAAUUCAUAUAAUGAGGAUUAUACAUACGAUGCGAAAGCAAAUUCGACGUAUUCUAGUACUCCUUCACAAGCUUCCUCUGUUUGGAACUGGGAAAAUUUCUACCCUCCUUCCCCUCCAAGUUCAGAGUACUUCGAACGCGUCCACAAUAAGAACAAUUUUUCUCGGGAAGCUGAUCUGGAGGAUGAUGAGGAUGAUAAGGCAUCAAACUACACAUCUCAUUCACAAUACUCUCAACAUCAUCAUCAGCAUCAGCACCAACAUCAUCCUAGUGACCAAUCACUUCAUGGGAAAUCGAACAAGCAAUUUGACUUUUUCGAUACUGAUAGCGUUAACGAUGAGAAAUUGGCAAAUGGGUCUGUCCGGAAUCAGAAAAAGGUUGGUGAAAACAAGCAGAACUAUGCAGCCCACCAUUUGAAUAACUGGGAAAGUGAAGCUGAGAGAGAAGAAGUACAGUGCAGCGAGUGGGGAGAUCAUGAUCAUUACAGUACUACAACUUCAUCUGAUGAUGAUGAUGAUGAAGAAGAAGAAGUAGAGGAAAAGGAUGAGAUAAGAUCUGGGUAUGGGCCAUCCCGGUCGAAUUUCGGGUCUACUGCUUCCGUGAAGAAUGAGGAAGGUUCUAAUAUUAAUGUGAAUUCAAAGAAUUUCUCAGUGAAGAAAUCUGAUAAGAUGUCAGAGGACGGUGGGUCGUCUUCGAUGAGUUGGGGGAACGGAAAUGGGAAAGUGGAGAUGGUAUCUGAUAGAAGUAUGGUGGUUAGGCACAAGGAUCUAGCAGAGAUUGUUGCUGCCAUUAAGGAAUACUUUGAUAAGACUGCUUCUGCUGGUGAGCAGGUGUCUGAGAUGUUGGAGACAGGUCGAGCACAGCUUGACCGGAGCUUUAAGCAGUUGAAGAAAACUGUGUAUCAUUCCAGUGGAGUAUUUAGCACCAUAAGCUCCACCUGGUCUUCAAAACCUCCAUUGGCGGUCAAGUAUCGUUUUGAACCUAGUUCUAUUGAUGAAGGUGGCCAAAAGAGUCUUUGUUCCACCUUGGAGCGACUCUUGGCAUGGGAAAAGAAACUGUAUCAGGAAGUGAAGGCCAGGGAAGGAGUUAAAAUUGAGCAUGAAAAGAAGUUAGCAACAUUACAGAGUCAGGAAAGCAGAAGUGAUGACGUAGCCAAGUUGGACAAAACUAAGGCUUCAAUAACGAGGUUGCAGUCACUGAUGGUGGUCACAUCACAGGCUGUUUCCACCACGUCCUCUGCCAUUAUUGGUCUAAGAGACUCUGACCUUGUCCCACAGCUUGUUGAACUUUGUCAUGGAUUUAUGUACAUGUGGAAAUCCAUGAACCAGUUCCAUCAAGUUCAGAAUGACAUUGUGCAGCAGGUGCGUGGCCUCAUCAAUAGAGAAAUUAAUGGUCAAUCGACAUCUGACCUACACCGGCAGGCAACACGUGACCUUGAGUCUGCUGUAUCUGCAUGGCACUCGAGUUAUUGUCGCCUGAUAAAAUUUCAAAGGGACUUUAUCCAGUCCCUUCAUGGUUGGUUCAAGCUCACCCUUGUGUCUGUCAAUACUGAGCCAACUAAUGGCAACAGGGAGUUCUCAGAUUCAUUUAUGUUUUGCGAUGAAUGGAAGCUAGCGCUUGACCGUAUUCCUGACACUGUUGCAUCAGAAGCUAUCAAAAGCUUCAUAAAUGUUGUUCAUUCGAUAUAUGCGAAACAAACGGAGGAGCUGAAGAUAAAAAAGCGGACUGAAUCUGCAUCGAAGGAGCUUGAGAAAAAGGCUUCGAGUGUUAGGAGCAUUGAAAGGAAGUAUUACAAUUCUUACUCCAUGGUUGGCAUUGGACUUCCUGAUGUGGGACCUGAUAAUGGUAAUGUUUUAGAUGCACGGGACCCUCUUGCUGAGAAAAAGGCUGAGCUUGCAGCUAGCCAACGGCGUGUGGAAGAUGAGAUGGUGAAGCAUUCUAAAGCAGUGGAGGUAACCAGAGCAAUGACUCUGAACAACAUUCAGACAGGGCUUCCGGGAGUUUUCCAAGCUAUGACCAGCUUUUCUUCCUUAAUGACAGAGGCCCUUGAGGCUGUAUGCACCCGUUCUUAUUCUAUUAAGUAGGAAACAACUUACAGAUAACUGAAUACUAGUACUUAUUUUCUUUUUUUUUCUUUGGCUAUUCUUACUUUCGUUCUGGGCAAGGAUGAAAGAGAAAGGGCGCAUUUUUGGUCAUAGGCUCCUUUCAGCUAGUUGGCUUUUCCCCUUGAUUUUUUGCUAUGUUGUAGAUAUGUGGAAUUUUUUCAGUUUUGUACUUUUAUCUAGUGGUGGGAAGAGGAAUAUUUUCUGUAUGUAUAGCAAAUUAUUUGCAUUAUUGCAUUGAGGUCAACAUUCUCAGCAGAUGAAUAAAUGUAUUCCCUUCUAAGUGGAAAUAUAUUCUUACUGUUCUGUC